AUGCUCAUGUCCUCGCUCGCUUCCAUCCAGGCCGGCUCCGUCUACACGACCAGCACCGUGCCCAUCGAGCAGACCUACGGCCUGCCCGCCUCCUCCAAGACGGGCGCCGCCGGCGCCGGCGCCACCCCGCCCACCAGAGACGGAGACGACGGCGCUUCCCCGGGUCCGGCAACCAAGACCGAGGGAGGGACGCCCGAGCCGUCGACCGAGACCGGCCAAGCGAAGCCCGACGACAACAGCACGGCUUCGGCCGGAACUAUCAAGACCGAACCAAAGGACUAG